AUGCUCUCUCGCUCUUUAUCGGCCAAGUACCACAACUACAUUACACUAGGGCAGAGUUCUUCCGAGGCCUCUCAUCAAAUGAGAGACUUCGGAAAAACUCUGUCCUAUUCGAGUAAAAGUACAUUCUCUGACACACAAAUUGUUAGAGAUCACAAGCACACUACAUUAGGACAGAGUUCUUCCGAGGCCUCUCAUCAAAUGAGAGACUUCGGAAAAACUCUGUCCUAUUCGAUUAAUUACAGAAUCCUAGGCCUUUUGGGAACCAGGAAAGAGUAG